AUGGCAACCACAUCCCCCAAACCGAUGCGUGCCUCGCCAUCCUUACGCGCGAUCGACGCUGCGGCCCCUCCUCGACCACCAAAGCUAUUAGCAGCUCUGCGGAAACCUUCAGUAGGCUCAUCAGAUAGCGAUACAGACUCUGAUCACACCGCAUCCGAUUCGGAUGAGGAGAUACGGAGUGCACAAUCGAGAUUUAAGCCUGCGAUUUCUCCUCUGCAGUCAACUACAGCCUCUGUCGAAGAGGACGAGCAAAGUGACGGUGAGAAUGCCUAUGAACGGAUGAAAAAGAGAUUAGCUGCGAGUAAAAAGAGGGAAGAAUCUCGCAGUCGGGAUCACGAGGUCCCCAUAAUGGCCGAAAUCGCGAGCACUGAAGAGGAAGACGAAAUACCUGUGCGUACCAAUGCUAGGGCUUCAAUACCACAAAGGAGCAAGACUGUAAUUCCUCCCGCAUCACCAUCUCCAAGCAUCCAAUCCCGUCGAUCAUCGCCAGGUCUCUUUGUGACCCCAAAUGCGACGCCUACAAAGCAAUUGCGACAUUCAGCAGACGCAGGCUCGGCAUGUGAUACUUCUACUCGACCGUCACGUAGUAAUGACCUACAAGAACGCGUCCGACGCAUUCGUGCAGAGCGCUUAGCGAGACAGCAGCAGGAAGAGUCACAGAGGUUGCAGGCCAAGAAAAUCGCACGGCGGCUUGCUAAUCGAGAGCCAGGCAGUGAUUCCGAUGGUGAAAAUGGCAGACGACUGACCCAACAAGCAAGGCCGACACGCAAGGCCGGCAAGAAAGCGAUGGAAGAGAUGGCUCGUGAUCAGCAGCGCAUCAGCCGUAAUAUGCAGCUUACCCACCAAGCGAAAACCAAGAAGAAGUUUUCAACAAAAGACUUAUUCGCGAAAAUGGGCUAUACUGUAUCCAAUGAAGGCCCAGAAAGCCUCCCUACUCCCGACGCAAGCUCCGCCUUGGCCUCCUCUGAUGCAGAGCCUACUCAGACACAGCACUCACAACCGCCAAGCCCAACAGGAGUGUUUGAGACGCAGAACAAGGAAAAAUCUCCUGUGGAACUGAUGGCAGAUCUUGAGCAAAGCACAGAUGCAACACCGAUACUAACGAAAUUGGACAAAGGCAAGGGACGAGCACCAGAGUUUCAGCAUCUUCCAGUACAUCCUUGGAUGAAGCAACCGGAGCCAGUGAUCGUCAAGAAUGCUGCAAUUUCAGCGAGGACGUCAUGCACGGAUACGAUGGUGGAGCUUUCAGACUCCGACGAUGAGUCGCAGACUGUACAAACGAAGAGCAGAUUUCCCGUCUUCGAUCGAGUACCCACAAAGAAGCAACCGGAAUCAGCGUCAUUACAGCGUCUGCGGUCUCUUGCCCAAUUGAUGAAAUCUCCACAGAACAGAAGGAACGGUCAAAAAUCGAUUAAUCGUGCAGAGUGGGAGUUCUCGUUGGCUCAGAAAGCUCGGCAUCAAGCAUGUGAGGCUCGAGAGGCAAAGAUUAACGAAUUACGUGCACGAGGUGCCCAUAUCGAGACAGAAGAGGAACGAGAGAAGCGCCAAGAAGAAAUCGAAGAUUUGGUCGCGCAGAUGGAACGGGAACGCGAACAGGAUGCCCAGCUUGCUAAGAUGGAGAAGGAUGAGCGGAAGAAAAACGGCGAGACUAUCGAUGAUCUUCCAUCUAGCGAUGAAGAAGACGCCGACUACGUUGGAAGCGACGAAGAGGAUAUGAAGGAAGCCGACGAGGAAAUCGAUGUAGAGUUGUCCGGGUCUGAGGACGAGUUCAUGGAAGAUGAAAAGGAGGAUCAGGCUGAGUCGAACGACUUGGUCGACGAUGCCGCUGAUGCCAGUGAUCAUUCAGAAGUGGAGAACGAGCUGCAACAUGUAGAUGAGGAUGUAGACGUGGAGGACGAAGAUGCCGCUGCACCUGCGCGUAAGCAGCAUGUCCACCGGGCUCGCAAACGGGUAAUAGAAGAUGAUGACGAGAGUGAUGGCGAAGUUCCCAACGCUGGCUCUCCAACCCUACAAUCAACCCAGUCCGAUGCGAUGGCAGCCUUCGGGUUCGGCAACGCAGCCCCUGAUUUAGGCCUUACACAGAUGUUCGCAGGCACAAUUGCCGAACUGGGAUCUGACUCACAAGCUACACCUGCUUCUGUGCACGAAGCUGAGCAGAAUUCUCUAGACUUCUUACGCAGCUUGCCGGAUACACAACCUGGUGCAGACUUUAGCCAAGUGGAAGACGUAGUACCCAACAGUCAAUCGUUGAUAUCACCACAGCAAGGAUCACAGACUACCGUCGAUUCUCAGUUUAGUCUGGGCAUCAGUCAGCUGGUCAACAAUUCGCCUGCUUUGACACGCACUCAAGUGGAAGACUUUGAGCCUACACAGGAUGCAGGAUUUUCUUUCUCACGUUCCCCUGCAGGUCUCGCCCCACCAGUGUCUACCGUUGAGACAGUCAUGAUGACCAUUGCUGAAUCCCCGAUCAAGCAAAGACAGGGGAAGCUUCAGCGUGGACGCCGAGAGGCACCCGUCGAGCUCUCGGACAUUGAAGAUGACUUGACCGAUGCAGCGGAAGAGAGUGAAGAUGAUAUCCAGCUUCCUCCCAAGCCUAGAGAUGCCUUCUCGAAGCUGCAAAAGGGCGCAAAAAAGCAAAAGGCGAUUGACGACUCCAACAAGAAAACUAGUAUGGCUAAAGAUGCCGUCAUGGAGCAAGCCGAAGAAUCCGAAGAUGAAUAUGCGGGUAUUGGAGGUGCUAGUGAUGACGAAGAGGGUGAAGAAGAUCAAGAGCUCAAGGACAUGAUUGAUCACGCCAAUGUCGAUGUUAAUGAAAGGGAGCUCGCUGCUUUAUACGCCGACGCAUCUAAGAAGGAUGAUGCGAGAAACAUUGCCGAACUUUACAAGAAGAUACGAAACGGUGGGCUACGCAGAAACGUGGGUGGUGCAGGUUUCGACGUAUCCGACUCAGAAGACGAGGCCGAAAUGCGCCAACGGAAGAAGCGAGCAGCAUUCCAACAACAAACACGUGCACUAUUAGCCGAUGAUCGAGUCAAAGCUUUGCAUGAAGACCAGAAGAAGCAGGCUUUCUUCAAAUCUCUGGCAGACUUCGCCGACGAGGGUGACUAUGACUUCCUCGACCUGCCUGCUGAGAUGGGCAUUGAUGUCCCAGAUUCCCAGAGCCAGGAGACUCCCAGGGAAGAUGACGACAUGAAUGAAGUAAUCCCAGACUCCCAGACUACACAUUUUGUCGCUAUGCCUGCUCCAUUCAACCCACUGAAGCGCAAAUCGCCAGAAUCGUCACAAAAGGAGAACCGACCACCACCAAACAUGCGACGAACAGCCGCACCCGACAGCCUGGUACGGAAACCCAUGACCCUCGCUGACGUGCAGAACUCAGUGUCAGAACUGCUCGAUGAUCCGCGCGUCAUAAUCCCCGACUCGCAGUUCUCAGACUCGGAAGACGAUGGCGCAGCCCUCCCCAAGGCUGCAAGCCGUAAACCCAUUGUCGACCGCCUCUCGCUCUCCCGACAAUCCACCAUGGAAGAAGGAGCAGCAGGUGGCGAUGGCCACAUGGCGUUUCACGCCCCGUCUCGUUCCGCAGCUAUUCCCGGUUUCCGCGUACCAUCGCUCAUUCGUCAAGCCACCUCCAAUCUCUCGACAACGAGCCAGCGAUCUUCGGGUGCGGGGACACCGACUGAGGGCGUGCGGAGAGGUGGAACGGGGAAGAGUAACAUCCAUGCUCAGGCGCGAGAGGCGGAGCGCAGGGCCUUGUUGGAAAGGAAAGAAGGGAAGAGGAAGGAAGCGUUGAGGAAGAAGGUUGAGGGUGGGAGGAAGAGGGCUGGGGGUAUGAGAAGCGUGCUUGGAGAUUUGGGAGGCGGGUUUGAGUAG